AUGGGCAACUGUCUACGGCGGGACGACGCGGUGGCGCAGUGGGCCGGCGAGGACUGGGAUUUUCUUGCGGCGGAGGGCCACGAUGGUCAGGAAGGGCUUCUCAGAGACGGCGAGAAGAAAAAGUGUUCCGCGGCGGUGGCGUCCACAACGGCGGCGACGGUGAAGAUUAAGAUCACGAAGAGGCAGCUAGAGGAGCUUUUGGGAAAGGUGGAUAUUAAGGAAAUAUCCGUACAACAGGUUCUGGCUCAGUUGAUCGGCGUCGGUGAUCAGUUUCACGAAUCACGCCAUCGUCACUGGCGGCCGGUGUUGCAGUGCAUACCGGAAGUUGAUUGA